AUGCAAAGUACCUUACGAAAACAAAAGUUGAACAUCUCGUUGACCAAUCCAGAUGGCAUAGAUGACUCAAUUUAUAAUGCUGAUUAUCUCGCGACUUUGCUGUAUACAUUAGCCGAUGGAACUGUCAUUGACUUGUUAAAACAUUCUGGUGUGAAAGAACAUGCUAAUCGUUACGUGACAUCGUUGAUGGAUGUUAUUUUUAAACGUGAAGAGUUAGUCAAUUUGGAGACGAAAGAUGUGAUCAAAGAUGAUCGAUAUCAAUUGCUGAAGGAAGCAGUUCGAAGUAAGUUUCGUUUACCUGAAGACGAACUUGAAACCAUAUGGAUUUGGCUUCACAAUGUGAUCUUGGCUAAGCGUCGAACAAUCAUCGGGAAAGCAAGAAAAGGUAUAGCAAUUACACACGACACGGCAAACAAUCACUCCACUUAA